AUGAAUAAAGCUAUUCCAAUUUUAGCCACUAUUUUAGGUGUUUUUGUCAUCAUGAUGCUCUUUGUCAUCGUGUAUGUAAUGUUCUGUUAUACCGUGUUUAUUGAUAAUGAACCUUAUAAGUUUUGGGAGUUAAGAAAUGGUCAUGAUACUGAAAAUCCAUCAUUAACCGCCGUGAAAAGUCUUGAUCAAGAACUGACGGUGGUGGGAAGAGAGGUUCCUGGCGGAGUUUUGAUUGAUGGGUCUAGUCAGGAGUAUCUUAGUGCUUUAGAUGAAAGUUUCAUCGAAGAUGCCCAUAUCGAUGAUGCUAAUAUUGAUGAUACUAAUAUUGACGAUACUGGAGAUGAUACUGAAGAUGAUAGUUUGAAUCGAACCCUUAUCCUUCAGAACCUUCUACCCACUUCCCUGGUUAGGAAAGUACCUGACCCAUACUCUGAUAAUUUUAUCAACAUUGGUGGGAUAGUGGUGGUAGUUAAAUGUUUCCAAUCUUUAAUACCAGGAGAUUUAUUAAGAAUAGUUAAAUUUUCCUCUAAAACAAAUGAUGAUAAUUAUAAAUUUGAAGAUAUCAUGUGUUCAGGAAUCAUUUUAAAUACUCUCUUAGAAGUUAAGGGUAACAAAGUAGUGUUAAAAUUCAAGAAUCAUGAAGAGGAGUUAAUGAAAGAGUUCCCUUUAACGUGUGUAAGUUUGGAAUCCACGCUUUUAUCGAGUCUUUAG